AUGCAACUCCCUAGGGAAUGGAUUGUUCUACUGGCCGCCGCAACAUCGGCCCAAGCUGCCGGGUGGUCAGUCUUUGACAUCAACUAUGACCAGUGGUCCGAGGUGGUCGAGAGAGACGUCUGCGUCGUGGGCGGAGGAGCCAGCGGUGUCCAUGCCGCCGUGAGCCUCGUUGACGCCGGUAAGACGGUGGCCGUGGUGGAACGCAACGACUUUCUCGGGGGUCACACGCACACGUACGUCGACCCGGACACGCAGCUGCCCGUUGAUAUCGGCGUCCUGGUAUACCAACCCAUCCCCGACGUGCUCGAUUUCUUUGCCAAGUUUGACGUGCCGCUCCUCAAUCUGUCGACGGUGCAGACGAAUCAGAUCGGACAGCCAGCCAACUUGUCCGUGCCGGCCGCCCUGUACAGCUCGGCCCGGCGCAAUGUCGACUUCCGGAAUGGCUCGGCGACGACGUUGGACUGGCCGGAUGCCGAGGCUCAGGCGGCAGCUCUGCAACAGCUUGCGGGCAUCCUGUACAACUAUUCGUAUCUGCUCUAUGGCUACGACCUGCCUGACCCCAUCCCUGAAGAUCUUUAUCUCCCCUUUGGCGCGUUCUUGGAAAAAUACAACAUUACGGCAGCAUUCCCAGUAUACUACCAGUACAGCGAAGGCAUGGGCGAUUUGCUGCAUCUGUCCACGAUUUAUGUGAUCAAAUACUUCAACCUGGAAGACCUCCAGUACUCGGCUUCUGGAUACUUGACCCAAGCCAACGGCAACAACUCGCAGCUCUACCUCCGGGCGGGAGAAUUCCUUGGUUCGGAGAAUGUCUUUCUAGAGUCUGUCAUUGUCUCGGCCAACCGCCAGAACACAUCGAGUGGCAGACCCGAACUCUUGAUCUCGACGCGCGACGAGGGUCUCAAGCUGCUGUCGUGUGGUCAGAUCCUGCUGACUAUCCCGCCAACUCUCACCAAUCUGCGCGGAUGGGACCUGACGGCAGAGGAGUACGCCGUGUUCUCGCAGUACAUAACCACCAACGGCUACUGGACGGGGCUCGUCCGCAACGUGGGGCUAAACCAGUCCGAGUCCGUGUACAACACGGCGCAAGAGACGGUCAUGAACAUUCCCGUGCUGCCGGCCCUCUACUACGUGAAGCCGACCGGGGUGCUGGACGACGUGUGGUACGUCAAGUUCUCGGCCGACAACCCGACCCUGACCGACGGCUUGGUCAAGUCGUACAUUGAGCGGCAAAUUGCGACGGUCCAGGAUGCCAGCAACAUGACGGCCGCCGAGCCCGUCGAGUGGCUCAUCUUUGAGUCACACACGCCGUUUCACUUGCAGGUCUCGCCUGAGGCGAUUCGGGAUGGAUUCUUUGCGCAGCUGACGGCGUUGCAGGGUGGUCUGAACAACACCAUGUUUUACACGGGUGCCGCGUUCCACACUCAGGCCAGCACAGCGCUGUGGCGGUUCAACAAUGAUGUAGUCGUACCAAAGAUGCUAGGUCAAGCAUAG